AUCACUCACUUUAAUCCUCACUUGGUUAAAAUCACAAUCUUCAGCGGCAAUCACUUUUAUUUCAUUAGCUUUCUUAACUCAUUGUUCUUCUCUGUAACCAGGCGUCUGAUGGCACUAGCUGAAGAUUCUAGAACAGGGAGCUGGUAUGAUUAUAAGAUCUGCAUGGGAAGAGGUCAGACAUGUCUGUUCCCAGGACUAUUGAACAAAUAUUAUCGGUACAUUAUCUCCUUCGCUGAGGAUGAGGCAGGAGAAUUAUAUUUCCUGUCUACACGGAUUCCUACGUCCACAUCUGCUACUGGAGUGGUUUACAAAAUUGUUGAUCCUUCACGGAGGGCACCACCAGGAGCGUGUCAGUAUAAUCCUUUACCGGUUAAAGUGAAAAGCCGCCUCAUCAAUUUUGUGCCGAAACCAAAAUGGACACCACGUCCCAGGAAGAGACCUACAAAGAACAAACCCAAAGGUAGACAAAGGACCAAUCUACCACGAAAAGGAAACUCUCCAGACUGGUUCCUGGAACUCCUGCAGACCUUAGGAAAGCUGCAAACAGAGUGGGAUACAGCUCCCGAUCGGCAGGUCGCUACGUCAGCACCUAGCCCUGAAGAAAGACACACACAUUCUGGCAGGAAGCAGAGCAAUGUAGGCCCAGCAAACAGGAGAUCAGAGAGUAGUCCGACAAAUGGAGCAGUACGCCUGGUGAAUGAACAUGACAGGACGGACCGUGGCAGGGUGGAGGUUUACAUUGAUGGAGUAUGGGGGACGGUGUGCGACGAUCUGUGGAACAGACAGUCGGCUGCUGUUGUGUGUCACCAACUUGGAUUCCCAUUUGCCAUCGAAGCCUAUCGGAGAGCUGAAUUCGGACAAGGAAGUGGGCCUAUUCUUCUGGAUGAUGUGGAAUGUGAUGGGAGUGAAAAGAACCUUCUUCAGUGUCACCACUCAGAGAUUGGAGAGACUAAUUGUUCGCAUCAUGAGGAUGCAGGUGUUAUGUGCGGGCACACAGAACCUUAAAGAUGCACAGCACACAUUGCAAAGUAAUUCAUCGGUGAAAACAAAAUCAGGAAUUAUCUUUCCAAAGCCAAUUGCCAUUUCCCUGGAGUGUGUGGGAGGCAUCUCCUGGAAAUGAAGAGUGCUCACUGUAGCAGCAUUAACAUGAGCAACUAUUGGCACAAAGUGCUUAUAAAUAAUUUACGUCAACAUUAUUCAUUUUGAAGACUGUGUAUCAUUUUCCAAAUAAUAUAUUUUAAACACAUGGGUAACCGUGAAACAGUGUAUUUUUCAUUUGUCCUUCAGUACUCUAGUCAAGUGCGGACAACAGUUAUUAGGGACGAAGGAAGAUAGAAAGAGUAAAAGAGUUGUGAUAUACAAUUCCAUUCUGCAUAUCUGCUCCGUGAACCCGAGUGCGUUGGGGUCACAGAGCAUUGUGCUUCAUGGCACUAGCAAGCUUAUCCAUCUCAGCACGGUGAGGAAAUUCCAGGUACCAGGUUAUUAUCUGGGGUUUCAGAAGAACAGGCUCCUCACUAACUUCAGAAUAGCAAAGCUGGCUGGUAGGCUUUGCUGACUGUCUAUCCUGCUGUAUAGACAGUAUGUGUAGGGCUGCUGUGUGUCUUGCUGUAUAGACAGUAUGUGUCGGGCUGCUGUCUAUCCAGCUGUAUAGACAGUAUGUGUAGGGCUGCUGUGUGUCUUGCUGUAUAGACAGUAUGUGUAGGGCUGCUGUGUGUCUUGCUGUAUAGACAGUAUGUGUAGUGCUGCUGUCUAUCCAGCUGUAUAGACAGUAUGUGUCGGGCUGCUGUAUGUCCUGCUGUGCUGGUCUGUAAAGGUUAAUCUCCUCUAUACUGUAAUAAGUAGGUCAGGAGAAAAUUCAUGCGGACUGUUAAAAAUAAAUUAUGUGCUUGUUUCCAUUUUCUUCGAACAUGUUUGUGAACUAAUUGUAAAUCUAUCUUUGAGGUGGUGAUAGAUGGGAUCAGGAAGCUGUGAUCAAACCUCCAGAAAUGUGUCUGACAGAGGUGACAAUCUCUUGGUCAGAAAUUUAGGGUCUACCCUCAAUAGACUUGUAGCUGGACAGGUCCUGUACAGUUUUUCCAGAUGGUAUUCCGCUCACCUCUCCAUCCACCCCACCCCCAACACUCCAGAGGGGCUGCAAUUUUACAGGGGGCAAGCAAGGCCUGGCCUCAUCCUAACUGACUGGACGGCAUGGUGGCUCAAUGGUUAGCACUGCUGCCUCAUAGCACUAGAG